AUGGCUUCAAUGAACAACAACUUUUCCGGCCAACCCCCAUCGAAACCGAGCUCAAAUCAGAAUGGGAAUAAUUCCGGCUCACCAGUUUGGAACGGACAUACCACUAAUGCUCCAAAUUGGAAUCCCGCGCAACUGUUGAACCCUCGAAGCAUUAAUCAAAUCCCACAAGUUUCGCCCACCUUACCACCACAUCCGCAAACAAAAGUUGCACGACCAGCACCUUCUCCUCAACCCGUAUUUCAGUUUAAUACCCCAGGUGGUUCAUAUACUCCAGCACCUCCCUCGAACCAGAAUUUCAACGUGAACCCAAACUCGAAUGGUCAGAAUGGCUUUGCAUCAUAUGCAACGCCGAAUGGGCAGAUGCCGAGCAUGGGAAGUUUUGUGGAUCGCAUGCAUAAUGUCACAGAUCGCGACAUGGUACCUCAAAAGCGCCGAAAGAUAGAAGGCUUGACGCGGGAAGGAAGCGGAGCGCAGUUUAAAGGAAGUUCUAGUGGAGGUGCAUACGGGCAAUAUGUGAAAGACAAGAGAGUUGAGGGCCAGAACGAAGGUUGUGCCAAACAAGUGCUUGACUUGUCCAUGGUGGAUGAUGAUGAUGUUGUGGUUGUCGGGAAUGAGCAGGAUAGGGAAGUUUGCUAUGGACGUAUCGAAGGGUCUCAACUCAACGCUCAUCGCGUGCCAACACCAAGACCUGGGUCCCAAUCACUUAUUGCUGAAAAUUGGCCGCAGAUAAAAAUUGUCUUGAGAAGGAAGGAUGGCGAUAAAACGAAUAAUAUACACGCUCUCGAUUGUACUCGCGAAAUUAUUGGCUGUGUUGAUGUGAACACUGCGAUUGGACUCACACCUCUCCUGGACUCCCCAAAAAUGGGUGUUAGAACCGCGGCACGUAUUCUGACGAGGAAAAGGACGCCCGAGGACCAACCCGCAGGAUCUCCAUGCUCUGUUCGUUAUAACCUGGAUUUAAACAUUUACGGCCCGAAAAAGCACGCUCUUCAGAUUGGUAAAUUUCUCUCUCACAAACAACUAUGGUUAAGAACUCCACUUUCUGUCGAAGCUGGUAUCCCUUUGCACAAUCCUCAUGCUUUAGAAAAACCUUCUAGAAAUGUACAGCCCACUUCUCAUGCAUAUCCGUCUUACGCAUCUCGUUCUCAAGCCCCUGUUCGAACAACGGAGGAAAUUCGAAAUGACGUUUUGGGAGUCUUUGACUCAUUGCCGAGAUCUGAGAGUUUGCCAGAGUUAGAACCAAGCCCUUUAAUUACUACAGAAUUACUCAAGCAUCAGAAACAAGGUCUUUACUUCAUGACAAAUAGAGAAAAGGAACGAAAUUAUGAGACGAAGGACAAGUGCGAUUUGUGGAAGCUUAGCUACGGAAAUAAUGGUCAGAAGAUAUACUACAAUGUCAUCACUGGUGAUCAGGAACGCAAAAGUCCACCGCAAGUUCUUGGUGGUAUUCUUGCCGAUAUGAUGGGACUGGGAAAGACUCUUAGUAUUCUCUCCUUGGUAGUUACGACUCUUGAUGAUUCGAAAGAAUGGGCGAAGCAAAAACCAUCAAAUUCCGAUCGAAGAGAGCAGCCUAUCGCCAAAUCAGGUAAAGCUGCCUCCCUACCCAAGGUCGAACCAGCAACUCUCGCUUUAAAUUGCAAAACUACUCUGCUAGUUGCUCCACUAAGUGUUAUAUCAAAUUGGGAAGAUCAAAUCAAAGCACAUGUCAAACCUGGUGCCUUGAAAUACUACAUUUAUCAUGGUGCUAAUCGCAUCAAAGAUGUCAAGAAAUUAUCAGAGUAUGAUGUGGUUAUCACUACCUAUGGUUCCGUGGCGAGUGAGUUCAACAACAGGAACAAGAGGAAAGAUGGUAAAUACCCUCUUGAAGAGAUGAAUUGGUUUCGAAUUGUACUUGAUGAAGCUCAUAUGAUUCGAGAACAAUCGACCCUACAGUUCAAGGCCAUUUGUAGGCUUUCCGCACAACGUAGAUGGGCAUGCACCGGCACACCAGUCCAGAAUCGAUUGGAAGACUUGGGUGCUUUGAUGAAUUUCCUUCGCGUCAAACCUUUUGAUGGGAGUGGGUUCGCUCAACAUAUUCUCUCUCCUUUCAAAAUUUGCGAUCCUGAAAUCAUUCCCAAACUUCGGUUAUUGGUUGACAGCAUUACUCUUCGUCGACUCAAAGAUAAAAUUGAUCUUCCGAAGCGUCAUGAUCAUAUUGUCAGGCUCAACUUCAGUGAUGAAGAGCGUAUGGUCUAUGAUAUCUUUGAAAAGAAUGCAACAGAUAGGCUUAAAGUCAUUACUAGUCAAGGAGAGAGUGCUUUGGGUGGCAAAACCUUUCACCAUAUUCUUCAAUCAAUCUUGCGUCUCCGUCAAGUCUGUGCUCAUGGCAAGGAUUUAUUGAGUUCUGAGGACCUAAAGAUAAUGAAUGGUUUGAGCAAGGAUUCUGCCAUCGAUCUCGAUAGUGAAGAAUAUGAAGAUCAUGAUGGAAUGACGUCCAAGCAAGCCUAUGAUAUGUAUAAAUUGAUGAAGGAAACGGGUGCUGAUAGUUGCUUGACCUGUAAUCGAAAGAUUGGUCCUCAAGAUGUUGUUGAUUCUGAUGGCGAACCUAAAGAUGAGGUCAUUGGUUACAUGACACCUUGUUUCCACAUUAUUUGUGGUUUAUGCAUUGGUGCCUACAGAUCUCAAUUGGAAGAAAUGGCUUUUGGUGGUUCUUUUGUUACAUGUCCUACAUGUCAUCAACAAAUCUCUCCAUCUGUGUUUUCUCUCAAGCAAGAAGAAGUAGACAAAGAUGAGGAAUCACGAUUGAAGUCCAAAGAAUCAGCAAAAGCAGGCAAGGAUUUAUCAAGUUAUAGUGGACCUCAUACUAAGACGAUAGCUUUGAUUCAUGAUCUACUGGAAUCCAAAAAGGAAUCCGAGUUAAAUCCAAAUCAACCACCAAUUAAAAGUGUUGUCUUUUCUGGUUGGACAAGUCAUCUUGACCUGAUUCAAUUCGCUUUACAAGAGAACAAUAUUCCUUACACUCGUCUUGAUGGUAAAAUGACCCGUAUCGCUCGCUCAAACGCAAUGGAGAAUUUUCGUGAAGAUCCAACGAUCGUUGUUAUCCUAGUAUCCAUCUCUGCUGGUGGUCUCGGUCUCAAUCUCACCACAGCCAAUAAGGUCUAUGUCAUGGAACCUCAGUUCAACCCAGCAGCGGAAGCCCAAGCUAUUGAUCGUGUACAUAGAUUGGGUCAAAGGAGAGAAGUUCAAACGGUGCGAUUUAUUAUGAAUAACAGCUUCGAGGAAAAGAUGUUGAAAAUUCAAGAUAAGAAACAAAAGUUGGCGAGCUUGAGUAUGGAUUCUCAAAAAGGGAGGUUGGAUAAGAAGGAGGCAUCUAUUAGAAAGUUAGAAGAGUUAAAGGAUUUGUUUAGGAAGUAA